UGGGAGGAGCCGAAUUAGGGUGACUGAAAGAGCCCAGUUUCUGCUGGCACCGACAGCUGAAGAGCGAACCGACAUUUGAGACAUGCUCCCUGAGAUAGGCUCCCUGCUGACCGCCCUCUGGUCCGUGCUCCAUCUCCGGACCCUCCUGCUGGGCGCUGUCGUCUUCCUGUUUUUUGCUGACUUCCUCAAAAGGCGGCACCCUAAGAACUACCCGCCGGGGCCCAGGUCCCUGCCCUUCGUUGGCCACCUAUUGCUUGUGGACUUUGAGCAAGCACACCUGAAACUUCAGAAGUAUGUGAAGAAAUAUGGGAACCUUUUGAGCCUUGAGAUUGGUGACAUGUCUUCAGUUCUUAUAAGUGGAUUGCCAUUGAUCAAAGAAACUCUUACACACAUGGAACAAAACUUUAUGAACCGCCCUAUAACUAGUAUUCGAAAGCGUGUCUUUAAGCAGAAUGGACUGCUCAUGUCUAAUGGUCAGAUAUGGAAGGAGCAAAGAAGGUUCACCCUGAUGACACUCCGGAACUUUGGUUUAGGAAAAAAGAGCCUAGAAGAACGCAUUCAGGAGGAGGCCUGCUACCUCGCUGAAGCAAUGAAAGAAGAGAAUGGACAGCCCUUUGACCCUCACUUCAAGAUCAACAAUGCAGUUUCCAAUAUAAUUUGCUCCAUCAUUUUUGGGGAGCGCUUUGAGUACCAGGAUAGUCAGUUUCAGGAGCUACUGAAGCUACUGGAUGAAGCCUCACAUCUAGAGGCUUCACUUCUGUGCCAGAUCUACAAUAUCUUCCCAUGGAUCAUGAAUUUCAUUCCUGGAACUCACCACACUCUCUUCAGAAACUGGGAAAAACUGAAAUUAUUUGUUGCAAAAGUGAUUGAAAAACAUAAGGAAGACUGGAAUCCUGAGGAAACAAGAGACUUUAUUGAUGCUUACCUCAAGGAAAUGGCAAAGGGCAAUGCAUCUUCAAGUUUUGAUGAAGAGAACCUCAUCUGCACCACCCUGGACCUAUUUUUGGCCGGAACUGAGACAACUUCUACAACAUUGCGCUGGGGUCUGCUUUACUUGGCCCUCAACCCAGAAAUCCAAGAAAAAGUCCAUGCUGAGAUUGACAGAGUGCUUGGCCAGUGUCAGCAGCCAGGCAUGGCGCUUCGAGAGUCCAUGCCCUACACCAACGCCUUCAUCCAUGAGGUGCAGAGGAUGGGCAACAUCGUCCCCCUGAAUGCUCCCAGGGAAGUGACAGUUGAUACCACUUUGGCUGGAUACCACCUGCCCAAGGGGACUGUGAUCCUAACCAAUUUGACUGCACUACACAGGGACCCCAAUGAGUGGGCCACCCCUGACACCUUCAAUCCAGAGCAUUUUUUGGAGAAUGGACAGUUUAAGAAAAGGGAAGCUUUUCUGCCUUUUUCAAUAGGAAAGCGGGCCUGCCUUGGAGAACAGUUGGCCAGGACUGAGUUGUUUAUUUUCUUCACUUCCAUUCUGCAGAAGUUCACCUUCAAGCCCCCAAACAAUGAGAAGCUGAGCCUGAAAUUCAGAACAGGCAUUACCCUUGCCCCCGUUAGCCACCGCCUCUGUGCUAUUCCUCGGGCCUGAUGUUGGGGGAAAAGCAGAGAAGGGAAAUCAAGAAGAAAUACCAUGUUCUCUGAAAUCAUUUGUACCUGCUAGAUGGGAGGGGACAGAAUAAAAGUGACUUUGAGGAAAGAUCAGAGGGAUCAGACACAAAGGACCCUGGAUUCAAAUUUUGACUUUCCCAUGCCCUUUAAAGUAGCUAGUACUAUGCAAAUAAUUCAUGGGCUAAAUGAUUAACCCUUUUCAUCUAGGAGUUCGAAGAAGCAUAAUGAUUUCUUCCCUAAAAAUGUUCUUCUAAGAAUCAGAAGAAACAGUGGAUUGUACCUAUUUCGUUAACCAGAAAGCACUUACUAAAAUGUAUGCUGUAACCUGUCUUCUUCCUCCCUUUUUUCUUAGAUAUAUUUAUUUGCUCUGGUCUGUUGAGGUAGUUGAGGUCAAAGUGGAUCAAAAUCAUCAAUAUAAGUUAGAAUUUUGAUGCUGGGGCAGUCACAGAGGUUGGCCAUAAAGGCUUACCCACUUGGUGGCUCUGUCCUUGCUUGCCUUGUGUCUGCCACAGAAUGACCCUCUGGGAGGACAGUAGGACAAGUGUUAGUCCCUCUUCACAGGCAGGGAAAGCAAGUGCUGUUGAAGCAAUUUCUGACUUACAUAAGGAAGCGCUUACCUCGGCCUUGGACCCGAAACCAAGCAGGGUGCAGCCACAACUAACCAAACCUGGGAAGCAGGUUAAGGAACAAAUGUGGAAAUAUUUCCCAUCUCUAGGAGAGAUGCCUUGCCUCAAAUCCUCCAUCAGGUAUUAUUCCUAUAAUGUUUCCUGUUCAAUUUAACUGUGUGGGGGCCAGUAAGUGGCAUGGUGGUUAAAGAAGAUGGAUUCCCACAUGUCCAGCCACAGUUCAAGUCCUAAAUCU